UGAAACAAGUCAGUUCGGGAGACUCAGACUAACGCCGCUGUGCACUGGUGGAUUGGUGGUCUCCUUCGUUCUUUUCGCUCUCUAUCGUGAUAGAGAUGCGUUUCACGGCCCCAACAAAGAGAAUGACUCGCAGGUGAUUCGGGUGAACGUUGCGUGUGUGCCAGAAACCUGCAGCAAUCCAGACAGGGGGAUUCUGGCCUUGAAAUAUUCCAGGCAGUUGGUAUUAUGAUGUCCUCUCCGAGUCUUGUCAGCGAGAGUGUAACAAACGGCCAGAGGAAAAGGUUCUCAUCAGGUUCGCCGGAUUGUCCUCACCUGCACAAGAAAAUCUGCCGACAGACGGACAUGAUGGAGAGUCAAAAACUUGCUAAUUUCUCUGUGGCGCCCAAUGGGGUGAAUAAAUCUUCCGUGCUUGGCAAGAAACAAGGCGCCGAGAAGAAGGUUUUGGCCAUCAAGAACUUCAAAGUUCACAAUCAACCAGCUGUGGAUCACAUUGCCGAGUCUUGGCGGUUUUUAAGGGAAGCAGUCGUUGCCAUUCAGGAGUCAAGAAAGCUGCGGGACAAUCUCACUCAAGAAGACCUUUACCGUUAUGUUGAUAACCUCAUUACCCAGCGUCCACCAGCACUGCUCUAUGCUGAUCUUAGAGAUCUGACAGAGCAGCACAUUAAGUCACGGCUGAAUCAGUUCCUAAGUGCCACCAGUGAUCGCCUAACAUUUUUACGCCAGUUGAACGACUGCUGGACACACCACUGUCAUCAGAUGAAGAUGGUGUGCAACAUCUUUCUAGCUCUUGACAGAGGUUAUGUUUUGCAAAAUGCUCAGGUUUCUUCAAUAUGGGACAUGGGCUUAGAAUUGUUUCGAAAGCAUAUCUUAGAAGAAGUAGUUGUAGAAAAUCGGUGUGUUGAUGGUUUACUGAUGAUGAUUGAAAAGGAACGCUCAGGAGAAACCAUUGAUAGGUCUCUUGUCAAGUCCCUCCUUAGAAUGCUGUCUUCUCUACAAGUGUAUCAUAAGGUCUUUGAAAACAAAUUUUUGGUGGCAACUGAGCAACUUUAUCUCCGUGAAGGACAGCGUCUCACCCAAGACAGAGAUGUCCCUCAGUACCUCUUGCAUGUAGACAAGAGACUGACAGAGGAGAACAAUAGAGUACUCCAUUACCUAGAUAUGUCUACCAAACGACAGUUGAUAUACUGUGUGGAGAAGCAGCUGUUAAGUGAACAUAAAUCUCUCUUGCUCCAGAAGGGAUUAGAUUCUCUUUUAGAUCAGAACCGUCGCCAUGACCUGUCUUUGUUGUAUAACCUCUUUUCACGUAUCAAGGGUGGCCUUGAAGACUUAUGCACUCAAUUUAAUGCGUAUAUUAAGUCAUAUGGUAAGACAAUUGUGAUCAACCCAGAGAAAGACAAGGGUAUGGUGCAAGAGCUGCUGGACUUCAAGGACAAGAUGGAUGGCAUUGUUUCAGAAUGCUUCAGCUCCUCUGACAAAUUUGUACUUGCUCUCAAGGAAGCGUUUGAACAUUUUAUCAACCAGAGAUUGAACAAGCCAGCUGAACUAAUAGCUAAAUUUGUGGACAGCAAGUUGAGAGCUGGAAACAAGGAAGCAACAGAGGAUGAGUUGGAGCGCCUGCUGGACAAGAUAAUGGUUCUGUUCAGGUUUAUCCACGGGAAGGAUGUGUUUGAAGCCUUUUACAAAAAGGACUUGGCCAAGAGAUUACUGGUAGGAAAGUCUGCUAGUGUUGAUGCUGAAAAAAGUAUGCUGAGCAAACUGAAGCAGGAAUGUGGGCCCGGCUUUACUAGCAAAUUGGAAGGCAUGUUCAAAGAUAUGGAACUGUCUAAAGACAUUAUGUUAGCCUUCAAGCAGAAUUCACACGUGAGCAGCACACCGAUGGAGUUGAAUGUUAAUAUACUGACCAUGGGGUACUGGCCAAACUAUCCUGUAAUGGAAGUCAACAUGCCUCCAGAAAUGGUGAAUUAUCAGCAAAUAUUCACCAAGUUCUAUCUUGCCAAACACUGCAAUAGAAAGCUUCAGUGGCAACCAACACUUGGUCACUGUGUUCUGAAAGCAGCAUUUCCUCAUGGGCCAAAGGAGCUGCAGGUUUCCCUCUUCCAAGCUCUAGUGCUGUUACUCUUCAAUAAAGCUGAUGUUCUCUCUCUAGCAGAGAUAUCAUCUGGCACAAAUAUUGAGGAUGGUGAGCUGCGACGCACUCUUCAGUCCCUGGCAUGUGGCAAGGCAAGGGUGCUACAGAAAAGCCCUCGAAGCAAAGAUGUUCACGAUGAGGACAAGUUUCACUACAAUAAGGAAUUCACUAAUCAGCUCUUCCGUAUCAGAAUUAACCAGAUCCAGAUGAAGGAAACAAGUGAAGAGCAGCAACAAACUGAAGAAAGGGUGUUCCAGGACCGUCAGUAUCAAAUUGACGCUGCAAUUGUUAGGAUCAUGAAGAUGAGGAAAGUCUUGCCUCACAAUCUGUUAAUCACAGAACUGUUCAAUCAGUUGAAGUUUCCAGUUAAGCCUGCAGAUCUGAAAAAGAGAAUAGAAUCCCUCAUUGACCGAGACUACAUGGAGAGAGAUAAGGACAACCCUAACACCUACAACUAUGUGGCAUAAAUCAUCCCACACACUCUGCUGGUAUCCUUGUGAUAUUUCUGUAGCAGUGUAAGAGAUGAAUAUUGGUGACAGUUAGAAUAUUGAGUUAGUGUAAUGCUCUAUUUACCAUGUAACUACUUGACUGAAUUAUUAAUGUCAAAGGAAAAAUUUAUGUACAUCUCAAAAACAAAACCAAUGUUUCCUUUUCAAAUUAGCAAUUUUUUUUUUUUUUUUUUUUUUUCUCUCCUGUAUUAAGAAAUAUGAAGCAAGGAUGUAGGGCUUCUUCAUUAUGUAAUUCAAAGAAAAAACUAAACUUUUUUUCCCAUUUCAAGCUGUAAAUUCUUUUGAAGUUAGUGCAUUGAGUUACCUUAUUACUUGUGAUAACACCACUUUAAUUUUUCUCUGACUGUAAAUGUGCUGUAAAAUCUAGAUAUUUAAUCAUCACAUUAUACUGCAGCUUUGGAGCAAGUUUACUUGUGUGAUAUUCCCAUGAAAGGUGACGCAUUGUAACGUUACAAAGAUAUACUAGGUACUAAAGGACUAAAGCAAGAUAAUAAUGUUUAUAAUGGAGAUUUGAACGGCAGUACUCAGUACAAGUAUUUUUACAUUUUCAGAUUGAGAUUUGUUCAUGUUGGAGUUUACAGUGACCAUAGAAUUGAGAUUCAGCUAUGCUGUGCCCUACUGAGUGUGUGAGCUUGAGAGGUGGCUGGUGAUCUAAAGUUCCCAUAAACAUGUGGUGAGCAGCCACCUUGGUGUUGUUAUUUGGGGCCACAGCAAGUAAGCCUUAGAACUUUAACUUCCAAAAAAAGUGUGGUGUGACGUACUUUUAUCUAUCUAAACAUGUGGAAUCCUUGCUUGAAAUGUUUAAUAAGUUAACAUUUAUUGAAUAUUUACCAUGAACCUAAACAGCAUUUUCCAUGAAAUAUGAAUACAAUCCAAAAUUAACUGAGAAGUAAAAUGUCUCAUUUUACAUUGAAUGAAAUUUUGGUUCAUUAUAAGAAAUCAAGAUCUUCAAAGACUGUUCUCCUGAGGAAAGUAUGAUAUAUGUGUGACCAGUAGUUGCAAUGAGCACACCUUGCGUUCUUGAAGUAGUGUGGUAUUGACAGGCAUUGUGGCUGUCUGGUGGGACAUCAGAUGGGAGGAUAGAGUCUGAGUCAAUGUUACUUUUAGUUGCUAUUAUUCUCCAACUUUGUUUAUGGAUUAAAUUUGACCAAUAAGUCAAUUUUUGUACUAUUGUUUACAAAAUACAUUGGUCAGGAGCAGUGAUUAUCACCAGUUGGUAUCAGGCCAUUUACUUAUAUAUUAGAUCCAUUGUGUGCUAAUUCAGAGUUAAUUAUGUUUCUAUCUGUGGAAAAACUUUAAUUUACUUAGACUUUAUAAUUUGGCCUUAGUUAAAUUUUCAUAUGGUUUAUUGGAUACUAAUUGUACUAGAUAGUGAUGCAUGUAUAUCUGAGACAUGUCUUGAGUAGUGGAUGGGUUUGGUGCAUCACUGAACUGGUGUGUCCAUUCUGCCACUCACACCAGUGUAGCUGUUUCAUUUAUUGUGAGUUUUUAUUUUGAGGAAACUUUGUUGUAAUGUUGAUAGAAAAUAACAAAACAUUAUUGUUAUUAUGUGGAACCAUCUUUAAAGUGGGUUCACACUUGGCAAUUGCAGUGGCUGGAAUUGUCAGCCACACCAGCAAGACCACAGGGAGUGAUUUGAAAGUACAGGCAGAAAAAAAUGCUUCCUACGUAAAUGAUCAACUUGCCUCAAAGAGGCACACACUUACAUGGACAAUCGCCAUCAAUUCAGUGUUAAGUUUCCAGUACACUGAAAGAAAUGCACUUGCUGGUUUGAUACUGUUGCUGCAGGAAGACAUCUCAUUGAAUCACUGUUUGUUUACAUUAAUUUUCCACCAGCUUGCUGCUACUUCUCAGAUGCCUGUGUGAAUGUACUCUAGCUAGGAGGGCUCAUUGCCAGCUUGUGGUGUCCAGCAAUUUUAGCUGCAAAUUGCCAAGUGUGAACCUCCCUUAAUGCUUGAGAUUGUGAUAUUGGCAGGAAACAACAAUGCAUUAUUAUUAUUGAUUUAUUGUAUCAUGAGGAAAUUCCUCCAUCACCAACAUUACCAGCAUUUCUCUCCAUUAACUAUGAGUAUGAAGCGUUGCAAGCAUGGUCACCCAAUGUAAAGCUGCACUACUUGGAAUUCAGGUGUGUGUGUAUUUGCUGCCAUGAUAAUGAUUCACUGCAUUCAUCAGUAAAGUCAUCAGUAUCAAGACUGGUCCCAUUUUAUUACUUUAUUACUAUUUCAGUUCAUUGUAAUGGCAGUGAAUGAAAUGAGUAGCUAGAGCAAAUUGAAAGAAUGGUAAUACAAAUAUGAAGUGAUCACUACAUACACAUAUUGAUGAAAUAUACAUAGUUAUUGUCACAUGUGCAUGGUUUUGUAUAAAUUUUUAUUGUAAAUAUUGCAAUUCAAAGAAUGUUUCACAAUUUGAGCAGUGGACAUCUGUAUUAUAAAUGACAUCUGUGAACAAUUGAACCACUGCACCGUGCUGCAGUAAUGAUGUGUAAACUUUUAAGAAAAAUUGCUUUACACUCCCAUUGUGCUUUUAAGUAUUGCCCUUUCAUUUUAGAAUAUAUGGAGUGGAAGGCUGUGGAGAUGAACUCAAGUGAGAAUGAAUAUAUCACGAAAGAUUAAUACAUCCAAGCUACUGCUAACACAUUUAUGCUAGAGUCACUUUUGGUGUGAAUUUUCUCACACACACUCUCUCUCUCUCUCUCUCUCUCUCUCUCUCUCUCUCUCUCUCUCUCUCUCUCUCUCUCUCUCUCUCUCUCUCUCUCUCUCUCUCUCUCUCUCUCUCUCUCUCUCUCUCUCUCUCUCUCUCUUUUGAAAUUAGUCAUCCAUGAAUUUGGUCAGACUAUGUCCUUGUCUCAAAUUUUUUUUAUUCAACUAACAUACAGAAGGACCUAUAGAUAAUUCAGUGUUUGAUUUAUAACAACCUAUUCACUGAUUAAUUCCAAAUAUUGGUAAUCAAACUUUUUGUUAUGUGAAGCACAAUAUUUUCAUCACAUCAUUCAAAGGGUGUUAAUUUCUUAGUAUCUUAAAAGAAAACAAGUUUAGAUAAAAUGCAUUUUGUAAAGUUAGUUUAGAUAAACUCAAACAAUAGCUGACUUCUUAAUUAAGCAAAUUUGUACUAAUUACAGAAAGAAAAAAUAUAGCAUAAUUAUCAGCCUUACUUUCUGGAAAUGAGUGGAGAAAUUUUUGAGUUGAUUCAAUCCAGAUACCAGGUCAAAAUUACAUUGAAAGCUGUUAGGGAUACUACUCAGAAAGAUUUGAUAGUGUGCCAGGUGCAAUUAUGUAUGGUGGGUUUUGUUAGAAGUGACGGAAAUGUGUCUUGUUUGCAUCUAUUUGUUGAGGUUCAUGGAGAAAAUCAACCUCUUGAAUAUACCCAAAUAUUGUGUGAUGUAAACAAACAUGUCAUGUCUUAGGAAAAAAAAAAAUCUAUUAGUCACUGUACUCAGUGAGGAUAAGUACAGGCAGCUGUAUAUAUGUGGAAGUGUUUUGUUAUCUGUAAUCUUUUUUUCUCAUGCCUUAUAUAUAAGCACUGAAUAGGUUAUAUUGUAGGAUUUCUUAAAUAUGUUGAGAAUACUUGCUUAUUAACAAAGUCCUGUGGAGGAAAGUGUUUGAAAAUAAUGCUGGUGUUGAUAAUGUAAACGUUUUGAAAAGUUCAAACAGGCCAUGUACAGUAUAAUAAAAAAAAAUCAUUCGAA